CUGCGCAUUCAACCCGUCAUGUCCCGACGAGCAGACUACAACAACUUACCUACCGGUGAGCAAACCUUGCAAGACGAAGAGGCGAUCAGCGGCACCGGCGAGGGCGACGAGGAGAUGGAAGACGCUCAACAGGAAGAGGAGGGAUACAGCUCUUCUACUCCUACUUCAACCCUAACAUGGAUCAGUUGGUUCUGCUCUCUCCCUGGUCACGAGUACUUCUCCGAAGUCGCCGAAGACUUCAUUGAAGACGAUUUUAACCUGACUGGUCUGAAUGCCAUGGUGCCAUUCUGGAAGGAGGCGAUGGAGAUGGUGCUGGAUAUGGAGCCUGACGAGGACACGUCGAAAAUCCCUGACGUCUCUAUUGUUGAGGCGUCAGCUGAGCUGUUGUAUGGCCUUUGCCACCAGCGAUACAUCUUGACGAGGGCAGGGUUGCAGGCUAUGGUCGACAAAUACGAAGCUGGUGUGUUUGGCUCUUGUCCUCGAGUCUAUUGCAAUGGCUGCAACGUCGUGCCCUGCGGACGUUCUGAUUUGCCGGGAUUGGACACGGUGAAGCUCUUUUGUCCUAACUGCAACGACAUCUAUACCCCGCCUAGCAGCCGUUUCCAAGGCGUCGAUGGUGCAUUCUUCGGUACGACCUUCGCGCAUCUCUUCUUCCAGAGCUACCGAGAGCUUGCACCCGCCCCGUUCUGGAAGCCCACUUCCCCGUCAUCCACAUCCCCGCGCUCAUCCGCAAGCUCUUCCUCCAACCAGCCUCCAUUCGUCAAUCCUAAUCCAUACGGUGGGCAGAAGCGUGCGGCAGGGAAGGUCUACAUUCCGAAGAUCUACGGUUUCCGUGUCAGCGAGAGAGCGAAGAGCGGUCCGCGCAUGCAGUGGAUGAGGCUGCGUCCCGAAAAUACCGAGGAGCUCGACCUAGUCGAUUGGCGAGGCCGUUGGAUUGACGACGACGACCGCUACGACGACGACGAGGAACAUGUUGACCAGGACCGACCGAUGGAGGACUUCGAUCCGGUGGGAACGUCAUUGCGCCUGAAACAGGAUUAAGCAUGCUGAAACGAGUAACAGGACGCUGCAGAUGACGACGAAGAUGAGGAGGAAGAGGAGGAAGAGGAGGCGGGCGAUUCAGCGAUGAAGGGGCGAGCAGUGUCUCAUUCCACUGCUGACACCUCGCCUAGGUCGCCCACGCCGACCAACCCUCCAUCCUCACCGGCAUCUAGCGGACCACCUCCAACACCCGGCGAAGACGCAAAGUCGGAUGCCAAGUUCGGCGGCGUUUCCCCUCUUCCCCCGAGCGGGAAGCUACGGGUUGUGCGCCAAUGGGUGCCAAGAGGCUCCGGUAUCAGAGCGCAGGUCUGCUGAUGGACUUCGUUUACUUAUGCCGUCGAACUUUCACUUCUCCAGUGUCUUUGUCCUAUCAUUCCGCCCUUAGAAUAAGUCUAUGUCCCGAGUUACAACUACGCUAUUAGCUCCCAGUACUAUUGCUGCCAGGGCGCCCAGACAACUUGUUGCAUUGUCUGCC